ACAACAAAAAGAUGAACCCUGCCUUUCCUUUGUGAGCGGUCAUGGUGAACGUUCUCUUCCACAUACACACCCAAUACGUAUGUUUACCUCGAAUAAAAGCAACACACGCCAAUCUGGCAUUUACCUUUGCGCAAUUUUAACUCAAGAUUCCACGUGUUUGUGCUUAGUUCAGUGUUACACCCUGGUGAAGUGAAGAUGUCGCAUCCAGUGAUUACACCCGAAAAGAUCACGAAGAUUUUGCAAGACUACGAGAAGACCGAUGAUGUCAAAUUGAUCAAAUCUGAGGUGGUUCCAGGAUCGGAUAAGGGUGAGAAUUACUCCAGUGUUGUGUUAGCGUGUCAUGUUGAAGCGGAAAUCAAUGGAGGGCAAUCCAAAUCAUAUCACUGGAUCGCCAAAAUACCUUCCGACGACCCUUGGAAAUUCAAAUGGGUUCGCCCUUGUCGAAUGGAAGAGAAGGAAGUGGCCUUCUACAACGAUCUUGUUCCAAGACUCAAAUCAUAUCUGAACCAAAAAGGCUCUGGGAUAGAGCUACAACUGUGCCCUAAAAUCUUCGCCGAGUUCAAGGAAGAUACCAAGCCUGAGGAAUGCCAAUAUGGAUCCAUGGUACUCUUGGAACAUUUACGAUAUAAUGGAUUCACGGAGCAGUCCAAUUCCAAUCGAAAGGCUGGCUUUGACAUGGCACACACCAAGUUAGUCUUGGAGGCCUUGGCUGAUUUUCACGCUGUCACCUACGGUUACUUGAAGCAAAAACAUGGCUCUUUAAACGACAUGGUGGAUAAGGAGCCACUCUUUGCUCGUGACUUUAUUGGGGCUGAUCCACCGGUGGAAUUAGAGGCUUUCAAAGAGCAAUUCGCUGAGCAAGGCAUCCAAUCCCACUUGACUCUCUUGUCCAGCUUUAAAGAUGACAAAUAUGAGAAGUUGUUUAAGCUCUUCAUGGAGAAAAAUGGCAACCCUACCACUUACUGCGAGAAGCUCGGGUCUUAUAAAAAUUUCGAGUUCCACGUCUUGUGCCACGGGGAUCCUUGGUUCAACAAUAUGUUAUUUCGGCAUGAGGGCGAUUCUCCCACGGGCGUUUGUCUUUUGGACAACGCGUGCACUAGAUGGACUACACCAGCCUUUGAUUUGGCCUACCUUCUGUUCACUUCUGCAGCUCCUGAGUUGAGACAAGAUCACUUACAGGGGCUUCUUGAGCAUUAUCAUCAGAGGUUUCGGCAAUCUCUGGCUGAAGUGGGAGAAAACCCCAACGUUUAUUCAUUGGAGUCCUUGAAGAGCGAUUACACGCGUUGCACUUAUAUCGGUCUUCUUACUGCCAUAACUAUGUUACCCUGGACUUUGGCCAAGAAGGAAGAUGCAUUUUCUUUUGAUGACAUGAAGGACUUUGACCAAGCGGACGAGAAGCGUCGGAACGAAAUGAUGGAGAAAGUCCAAGCUUCCAUGCAAAGAACUUUAGCCAAAGAACCCAUGGUGGCACACCGCAUAACCACGGCCUUUGACGAAGCCAUAGAAGCCGGUUAUUUUAAGGAUUAACUUGUAGAUGAACAAUUGGUUAAUAAAAGGAAUUGUAAGAGCUUA